AUGUCUUAUGAAUCGUUUGCGCUAAAGGACAACGGGGUAUGUUUGAAGCCAAAUUACGAUUUUGAUGAAUUGGAUUUCAAUGAUGAAGAUGAUAUUGUGAACAUUACAAGCUUCGAGAACAACCCAUACGAGAACAAUUUAAAAAGCAAAAUACUUAACCGAUACAAGAAGAAGGAUGACUUAGAGACUAUUUCAAGAAAAGAUAACUCCAUAAGCAGUUCUACAUUUAUAAAUAGAGACAGAUUUUCAUUGGAUGAUGACAACACGGAAUUGAAAGCUAGAAUUAGAAAUUCUUUAUGCAACAAUAAUAAUAAUCACAAUAACUAUAAUAACACCUAUAACCAUAACUUAAAUUUAGACGCAACAAAGAGAGAAUCGAAUUUAAAAUUAGAGGGGAUACUUCACGAAAAUGAUUAUUUAAUUCAAUUAAGUAAAUUAAAAAGACAUGUAAUAAUAGAAAUAUUUGGAGGGAAAUGUUUCAUACGAGAAUAUUUAUGUACAGAAUUUUUGAAAAGAGUGAAACAGUGUUGUCAUAUAAAACAGAAAAGUGGUUUAAUAAAUUACAGAGAUUGUAAACAAUUAUUAGCAGAAAAUAACAAUAUAGCAAGUAUAGAAGCUCGUUUAAAUGCUAUAUUAGUAUCCUUACCCCCUUUAACAUGUAUAAUUUUACACUCAAGUGUAUUUUUAGUUAUUAAAGAAGAUUUAAUUCGAGAUGAUUUAAUUAAAAAAUUAUGUACUGUUUCUAAAAAAUAUACCAAUUUAUACAAGGCUGAUUCUAAAAUAAUGGAAAAAAGGCCUUUUGAAUUUUGUGCCUUAGAAUGCGUUUUUUCUAGUGCUAUUGAGCAUUUAAAUGCAGAACUGAAAUUAUUAAGUAAAGAUUAUGCGGACAUUAAAUUUACGUUAAAGGUUACUAAUUAUCAAGAUGUUUUAACAAAUUUACAUAACUUAAAAGAACCAACGAAUAUUUUAAUAAAUAAAGUGAAUUCAUUUAUUAAGGCUUUUCAUGAAAUAUCAGAAAAUAAUGCUGAUUUGAAAAAAAUGGAAUUAACCAAAAGUUAUUUUAACCCAAUGAGUGGUGAAGAAGAUAAUAAAGAAUCAACAAAUCAGGAUUUACAGAUGCUACUAGAAUAUUUCGAUCAAGAACUUCAUCAGAUACAUGACCAAGUGAAACAUCUAUAUGAGUUAAUGCUUAACUUAGAGAACAAAAUGGUAUCUGAUCUUUCUCUUUCUAGAAAUAAUUUGAUACGAAUGGACAUAGUCAUUAGCUUAAUUAAUUCGGGGUUUGGCAUAGGAACUCUCAUAACAGGAGUUUUUGGUAUGAACUUAAAAAUAAAGUUGGAGCAACACGAAUUUGCCUUUGUUUAUGUGACGAGUCUAGUCAUUUUUUUAUGUUUAAUAACUGUGGUAAUGUCUGUUUACUUUUUUAAAUGUAUUCGAAUUUAA